GGCUGUGACCCCACGAUGGCUUCGAGGGGCUCGCCCUCGGCAUGGUGGAGGAGAUCAACUGGAACCGGGUCGGGGCCUGGACAGGCCUGGGGGGAUCCAAACUGGGCACCAAGAGGACUUUGCCCAAGAAAUACUUGGAGGAAAUCAGCGUCAACAUCAGCAAGUUUGGGAUCCACGGGCUCAUCAUCAUCGGGGGCUUCGAGGCGUUCACGGGCAGCCUGGAGCUGGUGGAGGGGCGGGCCCGGUACGAGGAGCUCUGCAUCCCCCUCUGCGUCAUCCCGGCCACCGUCUCCAACAACGUGCCCGGCUCCGACUUCAGCAUCGGCGCCGACACCGCGCUCAACACCAUCACCACUGUGAGCCCCCUUCCCACCCCAAAUCCCAUUCCACACUCAACACCAUCACCACUGUGA